AUUGUCCAGAAAGCGUUUCAUUAACCCCGACUCCUUUUCCAAGAUGGCUUCCAGAAAACACACGAGUUCUCCUGUACAAUAUGUUCAAAUUGAUGGUCUUGUUGUAUUGAAGAUCGUUAAGCAUUGUCAAGAAGAAGCUGCUGGUGGAACAGAUCUUGUCCAAGGUGUCUUGUUAGGUCUAGUUGUUGACAACAAGUUGGAAAUCACCAACUGCUUUCCUUUCCCCAGGCACAAUGAUGAAGAAGAAUUUAAUGAGGUUCAAUACCAGAUGGAAAUGAUGAGAAAUCUACGACAUGUAAACAUAGACCAUUUACAUGUUGGAUGGUAUCAGAGUACAUACUUUGGGUCUUUCAUCAACAGACCAUUAUUAGACUCUCAGUUCAAUUACCAAGACAAUAUAGAGGAAUCUGUUGUUCUUAUUUAUGAUCCUUUACGUACAACACAGGGAUAUUUAGCAUUAAAGGCGUACAGAUUGACCAGAGAAAUGAUGGACUUCUAUAGAAAUGGAGAUUACAGUCCAGACUCUAUUAAAGAGUCAAAUAUCAGCUUUGAAAAAAUGUUUGAAGAAAUCCCAAUCUAUGUGAAGAAUUCUCAUCUGACCAACGCCUUGUUGUGUGAAGUUGAAGAAAAAACUACUGAUGAAGAUAAAUUUAAUUAUCUUGAUCUGGCAACUAGUUCAAUGUUAGAAAAAAAUCUCCGUCAGUUAAUGGACUGUGUUGAUGAGGUUGCUAUGGAUGCCAAUCGUUUCCUUAACUACCAGAGACAAUAUAAUAAACAAUCUGUACAGAAACAGCAGUUCUUGUUGAAGAGGCAACAAGAAAAUACAGCAAGAGAAGCUCGAGGUGAGAAACCUUUACCUGAAGAUGACAUCAACAAGAUGUUCAAGCCCAUACCAGCACCUGCUAGAUUAGAUAGUUUGUUAUUAGCUGAACAGAUUAAUAACUACUGCCAGCAAAUCGGAGAGUUUUCAUCACAGAGCGUUGGAAAGCUGUUUAUGUCUGAAACUUUACAGAAAGAACCAUUAGAAAGUUAAUGAACAGAUUAAGCUUAGAUUUGAAAACUGACCCUAUUAGAUUGAUAUGGAUAGCCAUUUUGGUACUUUGAGAAUGAAACAAAGUUGUCAGAAUAAAAAAAUCAGAAACUGGAA